UGGCCCCCAGCGGGCAACACAUUCUCGAGAAUUUCCCGCAGAAGAGCCAGUGGCUGUUCUGCUUGUUCCAAAGAUCGGAAACAUCGGAGAAGGCAAUUUAUUUACCAACCAAGAAAGCCCCUCCCCCGACCUCGUUAGGUAAUUAAACAUUUUCCAGGCACAUAACCAUCACGAGUUGCAUCAUUUUUCUUGAAGACAUUCCAUUAUUGUUCAUUGACCUUUCCCUGACUACUGAGUCCUUUGGAUUUGAGUUAUGUCAACAGCUGCCUUAAUUACUUUGGUUAGAAGUGGUGGGAACCAGGUGAGAAGGAGAGUGCUGCUAAGCUCCCGCCUGCUGCAGGAUGACCGGCGGGUGACACCCACAUGCCACAGCUCCACUUCAGAGCCCAGGUGUUCUCGGUUUGACCCAGAUGGUAGUGGGCGUCCAGCCACCUGGGAUAAUUUUGGGAUCUGGGAUAACCGCAUUGAUGAGCCAAUUCUGCUACCACCCAGCAUUAAGUAUGGCAAGCCAAUACCCAAAAUCAGCUUGGAGAAGGUGGGCUGUGCCUCACAGAUUGGCAAACGGAAAGAGAAUGAAGAUAGAUUUGACUUUGCUCAGCUGACCGAUGAGGUCCUGUAUUUUGCGGUUUACGAUGGACAUGGCGGGCCUGCAGCUGCUGAUUUCUGUCAAACCCACAUGGAGAAAUGCAUCAUGGAUUUGCUUCCCAAGGAGAAGAACUUGGAAGCUGUGUUGACCUUGGCUUUUCUAGAAAUAGAUAAAGCCUUUGCGAGUCAUGCCCAUCUGUCUGCUGAUGCAACCGUUAUGACCUCUGGGACUACUGCAACAGUAGCCCUGUUGAGAGACGGUAUUGAGCUGGUUGUCGCCAGUGUUGGGGAUAGCCGGGCUAUUUUGUGUAGAAAAGGAAAAUCCAUCAAGCUGACCAUUGACCAUACUCCGGAGAGAAAAGAUGAAAAAGAAAGGAUCAAGAAGUGUGGCGGUUUUGUAGCGUGGAAUAGUUUGGGACAGCCUCAUGUGAAUGGCAGACUUGCGAUGACAAGGAGUCUUGGAGACUUGGAUCUUAAAAGCAGUGGUGUGAUAGCAGAACCAGAAACGAAGAGGAUUAAGCUACAUCAUGCCCAUGACAGCUUCUUGGUCCUCACUACGGAUGGAAUUAACUUCAUGGUGAAUAGUCAAGAGAUUUGUGACUUCGUCAAUCAGUGCCAUGAUCCCACUGAAGCGGCCCAUGCAGUGACUGAACAGGCAAUGCUGUAUGGUGCUGAAGACAACAGUACGGUCAUCGUGGUGCCGUUUGGUGCUUGGGGGAAAUACAAGAACUCCGAAAUCAACUUCUCCUUCAGCCGAAGCUUCGCCUCCAGUGGACGAUGGGCCUGAGUGCUGGCUGGGACUUCGAGUUUCUGUGCAACAGUUUUUCACUAAGUAUAUAAAGAAACUGACUAGAUAAAAACGUCAACUGUACCAGAGUAAUCCUGUGACUCCCUAGAUCAGUACACAAGUGAGUGUAAGCUUAGUGACCAUUUACACAACCAUUAACCAUGUCAGAAACAGCCGUCAUAUUUAUGUUCAGCUGUACAUACUUGGUAUAAAUAUAUGUGUAAUUCAGUUACUGCGAGUUUCUGAGCUGAGUGAGCACAUGAAAAGUGGUUUGAUGUACUUGCUGAGUACUAAAUUUCUAAUUUUAAAAACUCUUAGGCAGCUAUGAGUUUCUUUUGAUCGCUUUUGUUUAUCCAUUUGAACAGGUUCUUGUCUUCAAAUUCUUUAAUAGUAGUCAGUAUUUUUCACAAUUCCUCAAUGUAUUGUCAGCAAAUGUUUUAAUUUUUAAUAACUGUACCAAGGAAUUAGUGUGAAAACUGAGUUCUCUGUGACUAUAUUUUGUAUUCUGGACCACUUAACUGGUCAGUGUAACAAUGUGAAAGAAAUUAAUUCAGAUAAUAUGACAUGCUAAAUUGUAUACACAUUUCUAAACAGUGCACUUGUAUUUUUCAACUGUGUCACAAGGUCCCCCUUCUUCCCCAAUUCAUUCCUAUUCUGCAGCUAAGAAUACUAUAGAGAUAUGUUUAUUCCUUCAUAUUAGAACAGAAUGCACAGGCUGAGUCCUCUGGUCAAAGCUAUUCAAAGUUAAAUACCAAUGGUGUCAAGUAUCUUGUAUAAAGUUUCAUUUGUUGUCUCUAACUGUUUUUGUAUAUAGUAUGUUUAUGUCAUUUUUGUAUAGACUAAGCAAUUUGGAUAAUUUGUCAGUAAUAAUACCAUAUUGACUGAUACUGCUAUAUGUAUAUAUGUGUGUGUGUGUGUAUAGCUUUUUGCUUAUUUCUAAGACUCAUAAGAAAGGAUAAAUCUAAAACAUUAAAGCAUUCUAUAUUUCAACUUGCUAUGUAAUAUCCUAGCUAUUAAAGAGGGAAUAUGCAAAUUGACCCUCACACCGUCACAAAGAUGGUGGCAUACACAGCCAAUAAGGAGGGAAUAUGCUGACUGCCCCGCCCUAAAAGAUGGCGGCACCCACAGCCAAUAAGGAGGGAAUAUGCUAAUUGACUGCCUCGCCCUCAAAGAUGGCGGUGCCCAGAGCCAAUAAGGAGGGAAUAUGCUAAUUGAUUGCCACACCCUCAAAGAUGGUGGUACCCAAAGCCACAAGAUCGUGGCACCCAGUCCCCUUAGCCCCGCCGGGAUGGCAGGCGCGUGGCAAGGCUGGGCCCACCCCCAGGCAGGCCUGGCCACUCCACUAGCCUGCCUCCAGAGUCCCCCAGUCCCCUCAGCCCACCAGCCGCCCAGGGCCGGCCCAAGGUGCAGUCAAGCCUCAGCUGCCCAGGGCCGGCCCAAGGCACAGGCAAGCCUCAGAUGGUGGCUGCCCAUCUGCCCAGGACCUCCCAAGGCUCAGGUAACCAGGGCCGGCCGAGGCUUGCACUGCCAGCAGUGGCAGCAGCAGAGGUGUGAUGGGGCAUCGCCUUCCCCUGAUCGCUGGGUCGCCUCCCAUCCCUGAGGGCUCCUGGACUGUAAGAGGGGGCAGGCCGGGCUGAGGGACCUGCCUCCUCCAGUGCAUUAAUCUUCAUGCACCAGGCCUCUAGUCUAUAUAUAUAAAAGCCUAAGCGACUGUUACAACCAAACGACUAGAACAACUGGAAUGACCAGUCGACCAGUUGCUAUGAUGUGCACUGACCAACAGGGGGCAGACACUCAACUCAAGAGCUGCCCCCUGGUGGUCAUUGUGCUCCCACAGCCAACCUCCCAUGGCCUAUUACCCCAUCCAACUGGCCAACCUCCCGUGGCCCCUCCCCCCUGCCAUCUGGCCCCCUGAUAGGCUCUGAUCUUGGGGCUGGCUUGUCAUCCUCCCAGGUUCCUUCUCCCUGGCCAGCCAGCCCCCUGAUAGGCCUCAAUUGCUGGCCAGGCCGAGGGACCCCACCCAUGCACAAAUUUGUGCACCAGGCCUCUAGUAGGAGUAUAAAACUAUACUUCCUUAUAUUUGCAUGUAAGUUUGCUGUUAAAAUGUGAAUCUCUAAAUGUGUGUUUGGAAUUAUAUCUGCAGUUUAUUUCUGCAGACAGUGUAAAUUUGUUAUAUGUGUGAGUGUACAUCCAUAUGUAUAUUUUGCAGUAACAUAAAAUUUAAAGGGAACAAUCCUGUGUAGCUCUUUCAACAGUUAGCUUUAAAUUAUUGAUGUUUAUAUCUAGGGACUCUUGACAAACUGAGGGCGGUUUUAAUAGUGGAGAAUCAAUGGUUAUUAGCAGGUGAGAUAACAUUAAAAAUGGCAGUAGGAGAUAUCUCAUAGUGGGUGAUUAGGUGGAAAACCCAGAGACAGAACCAGCAUGUUGAAGCUAUGUUGUUACAUGGUAACUUGCCUAUAAAAUUGGAUGUAGGAAAAUACUGGGUGUUAAGAAUACAUGGUGUUUUGCUGUAGAAACAAAAGAAAAACCAAAAAGAUAAAUUUGGUACAGUAUAUAUCUUCAAUAGUUUUGGGGGUUGACCUUUUUUCUUUCUUUAAGUUUUAUCUGAAGGCUUAGUAGAAGGAAGAAGGCCCAACAUAUAUUGUUCAUAUUCUCUCACCUUUUUUGGAAUGGGAGAAAAUAAAUCUAAAACUCCUAUAUUAAUUAGGAGUUGUUCUUUGGGGAAAAAAACAAACAAUAAAGAAGUAUCUCAAUUUUUUUUGCCAAAGGAAGUUUGGUGAAAGAAAGAAAAAUAUCACAGGAAAGGAUAUAGCCUCCUACUUGUUGUCUGAGCAGUGAGGACUCCAAGGUAGACGAGGAAAGCUGGAAAACUUCCUUGUUCUUUUUGAGUCAGAUCUGUGGAACAUAAAAAUGGGACCUACAUUUCGGAGUAUGGAGCAUUUCCAAACUAACAAGGGAGUAAAAACUCUAAAGCACAAAAUGAUAUUUAGAGAUGUCAGUUUCAUUUUUGUUUUGAAUUCUUCACCAUUUUUCUUUUACUUUAAAAACUGAAGGUGGGAGUGAUGUUAGCAAGUUCAAAGGUCUGAGUCACCAAUGUAUUGAGGUGGAUUCCAGGUUUGACAAAGAAAAAUUUAUAGGGUUGGUCAGGCUGUGCUCUGCUUCACCUCAAAAGCUUUUAAAACCCCAAACUGGUUACCUUGGACUAAGGCAUGAAAUAUACUUGUGUUUGUUUUUCAAGCUACUGUGUUGAAGGACAAUUUGCCGAUUAAUAUAAUUCAUAACAGAUAAGCAUACACGGAUUAGUCUACUAUUUGGGAAUUGUGCAAAUGGAAGUAAAUAAAAGGACUUCUAUAGUUUUUUUUACGUUAAAGCUAAAUUUGCCAUGUGGCUAUUACCACGUGGUUUAGGUAUGGUGUAAAUUAUUUUAAUGUACUUAAGCUUAAGUCAUUUGUAUUUAAGUUUGCCUUUCAUUUAUAUGUAGUAUAUAAAUCAUCUUUCUAAAAUGUGUUGCCAAACUUUAUUUGCCAACAUUUAUUUGGCAAAAUUAUCUUGAAAUUGUGAUUUUUCACAAGUUAAGUACCUUACACAAAUGCUAUCCUGCUUUCCAUCAGCUGUUUGUUUGCUGCAUUUCUUUCUGUAUAAGUGCUUCAAAGUCUGAUGCAUUUUUUUUCUGGAAAAAAAUAUAGUUUUGGAGGGAUCAGUUUUGAAUCUCUGUACUCUAUGAUCUUGAGUUCCAACCUUUAAAACAAUUACUUACUUUGAAAAAUUAUUAGCACAUAAUUUAAAUAGAAAUUAUUUUUUCAAAGAGGAAUUCGAUUUAUCUUUUUUUUUUUUUUUUUUUUUUUUUAGAAACUCGGCAGGGAAUGAGUAGACCUAUGCUAAGUCUUAAAUAUCAGGACAUUCAGUUUCCUUUCUAAGAAUGGACAAAGAUUUUAUUUCAUGGUCAUAUGACAGUAAGAAAAUGCUUCAAGGCAGGGUGGGGGAAGGGAUGGUUAAAGUUUAGCAACAAACAAUUCAACAUGUAUUUUCCUUUAGUACUUCAAUUGUUCACAUACUCAUGUCCGAAAAGUGACAUACAUUUUUGGUUGGGUUACAGUUUCUUGUUAGAUUCACUUAUCUGGAUGAUUUAACAGAAAUAAAAGGCUGGAUUGUGAUGACCUGCCUGUUGAUUUGGCAUCUGGAAGAACAGUUGACUCUCUGGCAGCUCCCAUUGGUUAUUAGAUGGUUGAAACGGUUCAUUGAUGGUCAUAUCGAGUGUUCUGGGCUGUGAAGUCAUGGAGUUCCUCCACCUCCAAGAAUGAUUCAUCUACCACUGGCUUCCAGUACAUCAUAUAGCAGCUUGGUAUGUCCAAAAUUAAUUUCUGCCGAAUUUCUCUGGUACACAUUUGUUUCAUAAUUUACCAAAGUGCUACUUGGGUGUAUAGCCUUUCUUAUAGUGAGCUUAUGUAAUUGUUGCUUUGAGCAUUGUUUUAAAUGUAUCUAUUGAGUAACUGAACAGACUGAAAUUACAUAUCUCAGUGUACAAGACACCAGUUUAAUAAAAUACAUGCAUCAAACA